GCCCCGGGUUCCCACCCCGGCCGUCCCGCCGGGACCCGCCCGCCCGGGCCUGGCUUGGCCCCGCGUGGAGCAGCGGUGGCCUGUGAGGGUCAAAGCUUGUGAUUCUCGAUGGAGAGUGAAAGCACAGCUUCAUGAUGAGAACCAGCCCCCGGCGGCCACUGAUUCUCAAGAGACGGAGGCUGCCCCUUCCUAUUCAAAAUGCCCCAAGUGAAACCUCAGAGGAAGAAGCAAAGAGAUCCCCUGGACAGCAGGAGCCUACUCAAGCACAGGCCUCCCAAGAUGUGGCAGAGUCCAGCUCUUGCAAAUUUCCAGCUGGAAUCAAGAUUAUCAACCACCCAACCAUGCCCAACACACAAGUGGUGGCUAUCCCCAACAACGCCGACAUCCAGAGCAUCAUCACAGCACUGACUGCCAAAGGGAAAGAGAGUGGCAGCAGUGGGCCCAAUAAGUUCAUCCUCAUCAGCUCUGGGGGGGCCUCAUCUCACCCUCCUGAUCCUCAACCUCAAGCCCAAACCAGCACUGAUUCCAAGAGAACAGAAGUGAUCACUGAGACGUUGGGACCAAAGCCAGGGGCUAAGGGUGUGCCUGUUCCCAAGCCACCUGGAGCUCUUCCAAGGCAAAGACAGGAGAGCUGUGCAGGUGGUGAAGCGGCCGGCUGCACACUGGACAACAGCUUAACCAAUAUCCAGUGGCUUGGAAAGAUGAGUUCUGAUGGGCUGGGCCCCUGCAGCAUUAAGCAGGAACUGGAAGAGAAGGAGAAUUGUCACCUGGAGCAGAAUCGGGUUAAGGUUGAGGCGCCCUCAAGAGCAUCAGUGUCUUGGCAGGACUCUGUGUCUGAGAGGCCACCCUACUCCUACAUGGCCAUGAUACAGUUCGCGAUCAACAGCACUGAGAGGAAGCGUAUGACCUUGAAGGAUAUCUACACUUGGAUCGAGGACCACUUCCCUUAUUUUAAGCACAUUGCCAAGCCAGGCUGGAAGAACUCUAUUCGUCACAACCUUUCUCUCCAUGACAUGUUUGUUCGAGAAACAUCUGCCAAUGGCAAGGUCUCCUUCUGGACCAUUCACCCAAGUGCUAAUCGCUACUUGACAUUGGACCAAGUGUUUAAGCCACUGGAACCAGGGUCUCCACAAUCGCCCGAGCACUUGGAAUCACAGCAGAAACGACCCAAUCCUGAGCUCCGUAGAAAUGUGACCAUCAAAACUGAACUCCCACUAGGCGCACGGCGAAAGAUGAAGCCACUGCUCCCACGGGUUAGCUCAUACCUGGUGCCCAUCCAGUUCCCGGUGAACCAGUCUCUGGUGUUACAGCCCUCGGUGAAGGUUCCCUUGCCUCUGGCAGCAUCUCUUAUGAGCUCAGAGCUUGCCCGUCAUAGCAAGCGAGUCCGCAUUGCACCCAAGGUGCUGCUAUCCAACGAAGGGAUAGCCCCACUUCCUGCCACAGAACCCAUGAAGGAGGAGAAACCCCUGCUUGGAGAAGGGCUAUUGCCUUUGCUUCCUAUUCAGUCCAUUAAGGAAGAAGUAAUUCAGCCUGGGGAGGACAUACCACACUUAGAGAGGCCUAUCAAAGUGGAGAGCCCUCCCUUGGAAGAGUGGCCCUCUCCGUGUGCAUCAGUGAAAGAGGAACUGUCCAACUCCUGGGAAGAUUCUUCCUGCUCUCCUACCCCAAAGCCCAAGAAGUCCUAUUGUGGGCUUAAGUCCCCAACGCGGUGUGUCUCAGAAAUGCUGGUGACAAAGCGGAGAGAGAAGAGAGAGGUGAGCCGAUCUCGGAGGAAGCAGCACCUUCAGCCACCCUGUCUGGAUGAGCCUGAACUCUUCUUCUCAGAGGACUCCAGCACAUUUCGGCCAGCCAUGGAGAUCCUGGCAGAGUCUUCAGAGCCUGCACCGAAGCUCAGCUGCCCUCAGGAGGAGGGAGGGCCCUUCAAGACCCCCAUCAAGGAGACAUUGCCUGUCUCCUCCACUCCUAGCAAGUCUAUGCUCUCUAGAGACCCUGAGUCCUGGAGGCUCACACCCCCAGCCAAAGUUGGGGGGUUAGAUUUCAGCCCAGUACGAACCCCCCAGGGUGCCUUUGGCCCUCUGCCUGACUCGCUGGGGCUUAUGGAGCUGAAUACCACACCUCUGAAAAGUGUUCCCCUCUUCGACUCACCCCGGGAGCUCCUUAACUCAGAAGCCUUUGACCUUGCCUCUGAUCCCUUUAGCAGUUCUCCACCACCACAUUUGGAAGCCAAGCCAGGCUCCCCCGAGCUGCAGGUCCCCAGCCUUUCAGCCAACCGUUCUCUCACAGAAGGCCUUGUCCUGGACACAAUGAAUGAUAGCCUCAGCAAGAUCCUUCUAGACAUCAGUUUCCCUGGCCUGGAGGAGGACCCUCUGGGCCCUGACAACAUCAACUGGUCUCAGUUCAUCCCUGAGCUGCGAUAGAGGCAGGGUCUUACCCUUGCCACUCAAGCCACCAGUUAUCCUGGCACUUGUGUGGCUGGAUAGUGCAAGGCUCAGUGUACCCCAAACCGUCUGAGGGAGCUAGCAGGCAAGGGCUGAGCAGUGCCCUUUGACCUAAUUAUGCCAAGGUGAAAGCCACGUCUAAGCCACUGCUGGGACCUAUGCAAGCAAUAGGAUCUCCCAGAGUCCUCCACUCCCUGCUGGCAAGUGAAGUGGGUGUGACAGAGCCGCGAGGACCAGGAAAUGCCCGCCCAUUAGUCACCUGCUGCUCCUGGCAGGAUAACCCUUGUAAAUGGUGUCAGUUACCCAAGUUGUCCUGUAAUUAUAAAUGUAGCCAUAUUCCCUUAGCUCUCAUUAUCCAGAGACUGCCAGAAUGGGUAGGGUGACAAGGGGUUGCAUUAGCUUCUGCUUGUGGCCUUUGGGGGCAGGACCUGCAGUUCAGCCUCUUCACACUGUGGGUUCUGCUGUAGGCUUCUAGACACACAGGUGUCCUUGCCAGGACCCCACUUACUGCCCUUUCCUCACAGCUCCCCCUGGUUCUAAGCCAGUGGUACUGCAUGAAGAAAUCCUGCGGCAAAGCCUAUUGGCUCUGGGUGUGUGGGGACGGGUGUGCCUGAAGCAAAAGCAUGGGUACUCACGGGAGUCCUGUUAGGUGUUUCUCUGAUCGUGUUCCCAAUCAUGCCAGGGAGUCUAGCAUUGAGAACUCAGGCUGAGGCCUGAGGAGGAGGAGGAAGUGACCACUGACUUGCCUGGCUUCCUUAGCUUGCACCUGAGUUUUGCAAAAAGCCACCCUAGACCCCACUCUACAAGCUAGCACAAGAACACUACUGUAACUACCUACUGAAUAAAGCCCAGGUGGCCUGAUCUCGGAAUUGAGUGAGGUGAUGGAGCCCGGAGACGAUGGGCAGGCCUGUACCUGCUGCAUGGGCCUUGCACAGGUUGUCUCUCCACAUCCUUCUUUGACUCUGAAAUUGCCAGUUUUGUCUGUGAUGCUUCUUAUCAAUAAUCUCAGCUUUUGAGGUAGAGGCAGGAGAAUCAGCCAUUCUAGACUACAUGAGAUCCUGUCCACAGAAUCCAGUUUCCCCACUGUUCCCCUGCAUUGCCCACCUCUUCCUUACCACCCUAGACCUUGUUCCAUGGGAUCAGAAUCUGACUUAGGUCCUUGUUGAGCCCUUGGUAACAACAGGAGUUGUAAUGCUUCAUUUCCCUCCCAUUCCAUUCAACAUUCAGGCCAGAAAGCUAUGCCGGUUGCAGGUGUCUCAUUACCACCUCUAUCCCAGCCCUGAGCCUGGGAGCCAGACUGCUUCCUGCUCCCCAGCCUUACCAGGCAAGGCUCUCCCAGAGAAGCUCCUGUUACCAAGUUUGUAACCAGAACUGACAGCACUGCACCCUCCCUGCCUCAUAGGAAAAGCAUCAGGGACUGAGGAGCCUUCCAGGACAGGCCAGGGCCUCCUCCCGGCAGCACCAGUCAGAAAACAUCACCAUAGCAACCCUAGCAGCAAACAAUGGUACCAGAAAGGGCUUACCUCAAAGCCUCCUCUCCUGGCUCUGUGGCUCAGAAGAAAAAUGGCCAACAGCCCGAAGAAAACAUCCCUCCAGAAGCGAGACCUGAGUCAUGUAUCUCCUACCAGGGAACCUUUCCUGAAGGUAGAGUGGGGCCCAACCCUGCAGCCAGCCUCUCAGGUUGUCCUGAGCAGUAGGCUUUGGUACUUAAGCAGUCCUCUGCUUUCAUCCUGUGGGACCCUAAGCUUGGAGCUUAGAGCAGAGAAGAGCAGUCUGGCUAAGAGGCCUUACUUAGCUAAAGGACUCGGGGUCAGAAGUGUGCUCAACUUUGGGGUUUACUUUUGGAUUUUGGAGUAUCUGUAUGUAAAACUACCUUGGGAAAGGACCCCAAACUUAAUAUAAAAUUUCUUUGUUUCAUAUGUAACUUGUACACAGCCUGAAGGUGAUUUAAUGAAUGCAGUAUGUUUAGGACGUCUAUGAUUGGACUGAGACUAAUCACAGAGGUCAAAUGUUGAAUUUCCCACUUGAGAACCAUGCCUUUGCCCAGAGAGGAAAAUAUUUUCUCCGCAUUUGUGAUACAACAUCAUCAGAUUUUAGGGGUUUUGUUUUGCUGAGGCAGUCCUGUUAGGUAGCUUGGGCUAGCCGAAUACUAUUAGCCUGCAAUGACCCUGUCUCGACCUUCCCAAGGGCUGGCAGUAUAGAUCUGUGCCGUUCUGACCAGUUUUGGUUUUAUAGAAGCUCUCUGUAUAGCUCUGGCUGAAAUACACACCUGGACCACCAGGUUAUUGUCAAA